CGAUUGUCCCGCACCACUUGAAUCACUCCAACCAACACUGCCAGUUCAAUCGCAGCUCAAGUCCAACCGAUGCUGACUGUGGUCUACUACAAUCGUACUCAUGAGGGACCCGUUGCAUGUGGCCCAGAAGACUCUUUGACCCCGCUUCACCUGAGUCUCCAGCGCUUGUCAAUGUUUCUACCUCAACACUCACCGUGUGAAGGCACUUUCAACAAGUAUCUGUGGACGAUAAAAGGUUUGCGUCCAUGGCUUGCCAGCGACAGGAUUCACCUGUUGAGUUUGCGCACUUCACCAGCUUACAACUUGGACCUCAGCGACCGAGUCCAAACAAAGGUUCCUUUUUAUUCGUCGUCAAGACACCCAAGUCUGAUCUGCUGUCAAGAUCCACAUCUCGUAGUGCAGCAGCCAGUAUCAAUAGUCAUGCUCAACGAUGGGCCCAGGAUGCCGCUCUAUCACAUACUCGCCAACCUUCUGGCUCAGACGAUUGCCCAUCGCACACAGAGACUCUGAGUUUUGACAAGUGUGUAACAAGAUGCCGUCUCGAUCGUCUGGUCACCUCGGAUAAUCGACCGCCCAAGCCGAGACGGCGUCGAGUCAAAACAACACAAGCAAAGCUCCAGAUUUCAAUCGUUACCCAAUCUAGUCAGCCUGCUACGGUUUCGGGAAAAUCGUGCACAACAUCAUCAGACUCCGAAACAAAGGCGAAUGCAAUCAUGGGGCCGAGACCAGUGACAUGGCCUCCAAGCAUUAUUAGAUUCCCCACAUCUCCCAGCUUCAAGCCUUUGAUUCCUGCCUCUUUACCUCGAGAUGGCAAUGCCGAUUCUGUCCUCCAAUACUACCUAUCCUUUGUCCUCCUGUCGAUGCCCAAGAAAGACUGCUUGACGCCAUCCAGAACGAUAACUCAUCAUUCUUCCAUCAUUCGAGCGAUUGUGCAAGGAUGCAUGCAAGAGGAAGUACACUUGUAUUCCCUUUUGGCUGCAACUGCAAGCCGAAUGAGGCUGGUUUCAGGCGUCCGUUUCCAAGCAGAUAAUGGGCCCGAGAGCUACUUGGACAAGGCAAUGCAAAAGCUGCGAGGCAUGCUCAACACGGAGCUGACCAUAAAAGACAGGCAACUCAUCUUAGACAUCUAUUACCUAAGCGUCUGUGAAUGGUAUCUGGGCAACUAUGAGGCCGCCGACACCCAUUUCAAAUUUGUCAAGACGUUCUGGAAGUCCCUGGAACCUGAUUUGUCCACCAUAGACAACUACCUGCAUGAUAUGCUUGCCUACAUGGGCGGGUUUGUGUCUCCUGUUCAAAAGUUUGAGCCACCUAGAUCAUCUUUCCCCCUGUCUGUGCAUCCAUUUACACUUUCAGCACCUUGCUUGCAAACUAGUGGUCCAGGCUGUGUUGAGGCGGGCUGCUCUAGCUUCACAUCUGCGCUGGAAGCCGUCACAUACAGCAAUGACCUCAAGCAAAUCAUACAGGACCUUGUCUCCAUCCCGGGGAUCUUUCAGCAUCUGAGGCAGCGGUUCCACCAUGGCGAGAGCCUGAGCCCUGAGACCUGUUGGUUUCAGUGGAGGUGUCGUGGGUUGACUUAUCGACUUCUGUCUCCUCCGAGUUACGGCAAUGAACUAUGCUGUCGACUAGCUUUGGCACUGGUCCUGAGGCACAUGUCUCAGGUCCUAGAGACCAACGUCGCAUGCGUUAUGUCCGAGAUGUACUCUCCAACCUCCGAGUCGACUCUGUGGAUCCGACGACUCCAACGUCAACUUCAAUAUGAAAUUCUUCUGCCUUGCAAUGAAAUCAACCCCAAGGCAUUACUGCAGUCACCGUCACAGGUCUCAUCAUCAUCCUUACCUCCUCCAAAUCCCUUGACGCCUCUUGAUUCCAUCUGGACGGGCAAGUCUCACGAACUCCUCCUGUGGAUCCUUCUGACAGGCCUGUUCUUCGCGAGAAAGGGGACGGAUCUACAAGACGAAAGAUCAUGGUUUGAACCGCGGGUGCGGGCAUUACUGACAGGGUUGGCAAUUGAAGACAAGUCCAAACUUAGUGCGUUGAUGGAUUCUUUCUUAUCCCUCCCGGAAAUGAUGUCUGAUGAUCUUUUUGUUUCGUCGGUGAUAUAAGGAGCCAGUAUGAUGGUCGACACAGAUGAAGCUGUAGCAUCGAUAUGUCAUGUGAUCUCACUAUUGAUUUCAAAUGCUAUUGUCAGACCCAGUUCAGUAUAUCAUUAAUCAAUCAUCUUGCC